GAGAGAGACAGAGAGAGAAUGGCGUCGCCUUCUGCUUCUUCUUCUUCUUCUUCGGCGGAGGCGGCGGCGGCGGUGGGGUCGCCGGCGACGGAGGAGGAGCUGACGCUGACGGUGAAGUGGAGCGGGAAGGAGUACACGGUCCGGGUCUGCGGGGACGACACGGUGGGGGAGCUGAAGCUGAGGAUAUGCGAGCUCACCAACGUGCUGCCCAAGCGCCAGAAGCUCCUCUACCCGAAGGUCGGCUCCAAGCUCGCCGAUGACACCCUCUUGCUCUCUCAGAUCCCCCUCAAGUCCUCCCUCAAGAUGACCAUGAUUGGGACUGUUGAAGAUGAUCUUCUCGUGGAUGAAGUGGACUCUCCUGAAAUAGUCGAUGAUUUUGAGCUUGGACAAGAUGAUGUUGUUGACAUCAAAGAUAAAGAUGUCAAUAAGCGGAAGCUCAGGAGACGGAUAGAUCAGUACAAGAUUGAACUUCGAAACCCUUGUCGUGAAGGAAAAAAACUGCUUGUUUUGGAUAUUGAUUAUACUCUAUUUGAUCAUCGGUCCCCAGCAGAAAAUCCUCGUCAAUUGAUGAGACCCUAUCUUCAUGAGUUUCUCACUGCUGCUUAUGCAGAGUAUGAUAUCAUUAUAUGGUCUGCAACCAGCAUGAAGUGGGUUGAGCUGAAGAUGGGACAGCUAGGGGUACUUGACAAUCCUAAUUACAAAAUUACAGCACUCUUAGACCGAAUGGCAAUGAUCACAGUACAAUCAGAUUCACAUGGAAUCUUUGAUUGCAAGCCACUUGGUGUAAUAUGGGCUCAACUCCCAGAGUAUUACAGUGAGAAGAACACUAUAAUGUUUGAUGACCUGCGAAGAAAUUUUGUCAUGAACCCUCAAAACGGGUUGACUAUCAAACCAUUCAGAAAGGCUCAUUCAAGCAGAGACAGUGAUCAAGAACUUGUGAAGCUUACUCAGUACUUGCUUGCCAUUGCGGACCUUGAUGACUUUAGUUCCCUUGACCAUAGAAACUGGGAAUUCUUCAAUGAGGACAAUGCCAAAAGGCGCAGGCAUACAUGAAUUCAAAUUAAAAGCUCUUGAAUUUCCAAUAUGCACAUUUAUGCCAUAUCUGGUCGUGACUCUGGGAUUCAUGUCAUAUCACCUCCAAAACUUCGGCUUUGUUGUAUAGAUUGGCAUGUUCUAUCUGACAAUAUACCACUUUUCGUUUCUGGGACGUCAAUGCUGGCCAAGUUUUCUGUACAUCAUUGCCAACCAUCACAUUUCUGGGGUAUCAAAUGCUGGCAUGUACGAGGAUACUAGACAUUAUAAUAAGCUCCUCGGAAGUGAUGUCAAUUAUGUGUUGAAAUGGCACCGCAAUUCUAUCCUACUGUUGAAAACCUCUUGAUUUUGGUGGUGAUGGUGUUGAUGAAUCCAUUCCUAUACAUAAAAGCUAAAGCGCUUGCAUGUCCUUUGUGCUUUUGUGUUUGUGUGUGGCUGUCAGUUAAAAUACUUGUACCUUACUUCUGCUAGUCCUCUUGCCUUAGGGGCAAGUCCUGUUCCUCAUGGAGGCUAUGAAGUAGAAUAUAUGUGCUUUUUUCUUCCCUUA